AUGCUUCCUGACAGCUCGGAAACCAGUCCGUAUCAUGCCAUGCUACAACAAGUCAAAUAUGCAGUAUUCCCGCAGGCAACUCCACCUGGAGACCAGCUCCCCACGCAUCUUAACAUGGAACAAGCCAAGCAACAGAUUGAGACCAUCGAUAAGGUCGGCAUUCCUCCGCUACAGGAACUGCCACUCCCAGCGGAGCUGGAGGAGCGAACUCCAGAGGAUCUGGAACUCCUGGAGAACAAGCUAGUGCGCCGGCUUGACUUUCAUCUCAUGCCCGCUGUGGUCAUCCUGUUCCUCAUGAACAUUCUGGAUAGGAACAACAUUGCCAAUGCCAAAAUAUCCGGGCUGCCAGCCUCUCUUGGCAUCACGAAUACUCAGUACAAUACUUGCUUGAUGAUCUUCUAUGUCGGCUAUGUCCUAACUCAGGUGCCGUCGAACAUCUUGAUCCUGAAGGUCAAGCCGUCAUUGUACAUCGGGCUCGUCACGGCAGGCUGGGGCAUCGUUUCGAUGUGCCAGGCCUUCACCACCAAUUUCGCUGGCCUCUUCAUGUGCCGUUUUAUCCUAGGCCUCAUUGAAGGCCCAUUCCUGCCCGGUGUCUUCUUGCUCCUCUCAUGCUGGUACAAGAGGUCAGAGCUUCCACCACGCAUCGCGAUACUCUAUGGAGCCAAUAUGUUGGCUAGUGCAUUUGGUGGGUUGAUUGCCGCUGGAAUCAUCAGCCGGAUGGAGAACAAGUUAAACCGGCCGGCGUGGGAUUGGCGACUCCAAAAUGAGAACGCGGGCAUCGAAGACACAGAUCCCAAGUCCCUAACCUGGGGCGUCAAACAAGCGGUCCGCGAUCCAAAGCUGUACAUGUUCAUCAUCAUGCAGAUGUCGCUCAUCACCGCACAAUCCUUCAACAACUUCUUCCCCUCCAUCGUCGGGACCCUCGGGUACAACGAAACCAUCACCCUCCUGCUCACGGCACCACCCUACUUCGCCGCCUUCAUCUGCUCCCUCUGCAUCUCGUUCCACGCAGCUCAUAAACAGGAGCGCGGACUCCACAUCGCAAUUCCAUUGCUGUUCUCCUUCCUAGGCAACCUCCUCGUACGUCAACUACUCACUUCACCCUCCCCAACCCGCAUUGCUAAUCAGCCCGGGCGCCAGGCGAUGUUCAUCCCCACAACCGGCGGCCGCUACUUCAGCAUGUUCCUCAUGACAGCAGGCUCCUACUCCCCCUACAACCUGUGCGUCUCAUGGCUCAGUUCGUCGCUGCCCCGACCGCGCGCCAAGCGCGCCGCCGCCCUGGCAAUCAUGAACCUCAUGGGUGCGGGCGUCGCGCACUUCUACACCUCGUACAUGUUUCCGGACUCCCAGAAGCCGAGGUACUAUGCUGGCGGCGGGAUUAUGAGCGGGGCUUGUCUGCUCUGUGCGGUUAUGGCGCUGACGAUCAAGUGGUACCUCCGCAGGGAGAAUCGGCGCAUGGAUGAGGAAGAAGAUAGGGCGGAGGCUGGCGCGAGCGCGACUGGGGCUGUUAGUCGGAGGCUGGGUGAGGGGCAGGUUCUUGCGUUCAGAUAUGUGCAUUAG